CGCCGCCGCUGGUGCUGCCGUCGCAGCCGCCGCCGCCGCAGCCGCCGCUGCAGCCGCCGCGCCGCGGCUUGAGGGCGGGAGGCUGGGGGAGGGUAGCGGAGCCGGCGCUGCCGCCAUGUUGGGUCUGAGGCGGCUGCUGUAGGCGCCUACGGAGCAAGCGGGCGUGCUGAGCGGCCACAGCGGCGCGGGAUCUGCCUCUCUGCGAGCGGCCGGGAGCGGCGGCGGCGGCGGCGCCAUGAGCGGGGGCACCCCUUACAUCGGCAGCAAGAUUAGCCUUAUCUCCAAGGCGGAGAUCCGCUACGAGGGCAUCCUCUACACUAUCGACACCGAGAACUCUACCGUAGCUCUCGCCAAAGUUCGGUCCUUUGGUACAGAAGACAGACCAACAGAUCGUCCAAUACCACCUCGAGAUGAAGUCUUUGAAUACAUUAUAUUCCGUGGGAGUGAUAUUAAAGACCUCACUGUUUGUGAGCCACCAAAACCACAAUGUUCUUUGCCUCAGGACCCAGCUAUCGUUCAGUCUUCACUAGGCUCAUCUACUUCUUCAUUCCAGUCAGUGGGCUCCUAUGGACCUUUCGGCAGGAUGCCAACAUACAGUCAAUUCAGUCCAAGUUCAUUAGUCGGGCAGCAGUUUGGGGCUGUUGGUGUUGCUGGAAGCUCCUUGACAUCCUUUGGAACAGAAGCAUCAAACAGCGGUACCCUGUCCCAAAGUAGUGCAGUUGGUUCUGCCUUUACACAGGAUACAAGAUCUCUAAAAACACAGUUAUCUCAAGGUCGUUCAAGCCCUCAGUUAGACCCUUUGAGAAAAAGCCCAACCAUGGAACAAGCAGUGCAGACAGCCUCGGCCCACUUACCUGCUCCAGCACCUGUUGGGAGAAGGAGCCCUGUAUCAUCAACCAGGCCUUUACCAUCAACCAGCCAAAAAGCAAUAGAGAAUCAAGAGCACAGGCGAGCUGAAGUACACAAGGUUUCAAGACCAGAAAAUGAGCAACUCAGAAAUGAUAGCAAGAGACAAAUCGUUCCAGGUGCUCCUUCAGCUCCACGGAGAGGGCGUGGGGGUCAUCGAGGUGGCAGGGGAAGAUUUGGUAUUCGACGAGAUGGUCCAAUGAAAUUUGAGAAAGACUUUGACUUUGAAAGUGCAAAUGCACAAUUUAACAAGGAGGAAAUCGACAGAGAGUUUCAUAAUAAACUUAAAUUGAAAGAAGAUAAACUUGAGAAACAGGAGAAGCCUGUAAAUGGUGAAGAUAAAGGAGACUCAGGAGUUGACACCCAAAACAGUGAAGGAAAUGCAGAUGAAGAAGAUCCACUUGGACCUAACUGCUAUUAUGACAAAACUAAAUCUUUCUUUGAUAAUAUUUCUUGUGAUGAUAACAGAGAACGGAGACCAACCUGGGCUGAAGAAAGAAGAUUAAAUGCAGAAACAUUUGGAAUCCCACUUCGUCCAAACCGUGGCCGUGGAGGGUACAGAGGCAGGGGAGGUCUUGGUUUCCGUGGUGGCCGAGGACGUGGUAGCGGCCGAGGUGGUAACUUUGCCACUCCUCGAGGAUUUCGUGGUGGAUUCAGAGGAGGUCGUGGGGGCAGGGAGUUUGCAGAUUUCGAAUAUAGGGCAUAUCAGCUACCUGUUGAAGAACGUGUGGCAACUCCUGUUGAAGACCACAUUGAGUCAGCUUGGUUUGAGAAAAAAAAGACAACAAAGUUGCUGCAUAGUCUGCAAACAAGUCUUUGAAAAUAGAUGGAUUUUUAGCUCUUCGUGGUCCUGAGAAUUGGUUUCAGUCUUUGAGAAGAAUGAAAAAGUGAAUUUGCUGUAUAUUUGUCACCAGCACUGGGUUUUUUUUGUUUGUUUGUUUGUUUUUCUGCUUAAUUUCAAAGAUACAAUACAGUUAAUUUUGGGGGUGGGAGGGAAGGCUCAUCUUAAUAAAUGAGCAUUAAAUAUAUUUGGAAUAGCAGAAGGUUAAGUAAUUUCUUAUGUAUAGUUAAACUAAAGCAGUACUCCAGUGGAACUUAUAAGUAUUUUUUCAUCACUGAAAGGAUUUUUCUUAUCACUAAAUUGUAUUUGGCAAUUAUUGUGAGUUGCCUGCAGAUAGGGCCGUGUUACUGUAUUGAGCCACAGAAGGAAGGGUCUGUGUGUGUAUGUGUCUGUGUGUCUGUCUAUAUCUUUCUUUUUCUUUCUUUCUUUCUUUUUUUGGAAAUCCUGUAAUAACCCUUCUGAGGUAGCUUAUUUCGUCAAUUAAUUAGGGUGCUGGAUGGUAGAGAAUUUUGUCAGUCAACUAUGUACACACAGUAAAUACUGUUUCUUAGGCAAAGGUAACUUUUUUAUAUAGUUGUAAAAUUCCAUUAUAUUCCAUUGCCAAAGAAACAUUAAGAACUUUGUAUAGCUGUAUAAAAAGCAACUAAUUUUUUAAAGAAUAAACAUUUUAAAGUCAGCAAACAUACUGUGUCCUUGCAGAAGUUGAUGUGCUGAGGAGCAGAAGUAUGGGUGGGUCUUUUUUUCAUAGCUUUUCAGGCUUAAGAUUGUUGAUUUUGAUUUUUUUUUUAAAUGUUUGGAACGUAAAUGAAGAUUUGAUACAUUCUUUCAUUAUCUAAAAAGGGUAAAUUACUUAUGCUCAUUGUAAGAACUUUAUUUUGUAGCAAAUGGCAUAUCACAGGAUUUAUCCACAUAAUAGAUAUUUUCAGUAUACAAAUGUAAAUAAUCAUAGAUAAGAAUGUACUUAGCUGUAUUUUCAAAUAAGUAAACCCCCCCUUUUUUAAGACAAUAAAACUAGGUGUCAAUUAACCUGUUCUUCCUGA